AUGGCCGGUGAUUUAAAUCUCAAAAAGUCUUGGAACCCAGCGUUGGUCAAGAACCAACAAAAGGUAUGGGAGUUAGAGCAACAGAAACUUAAGGAUUACAAAGACUACAAGUCCAAAAAGGAUGAGUACAAGCAAGAGCAAGAGUACUUGAAUUUACUCAAGCUUCAAUAUGGUGAAGAUUUCAAUGCCGACCAACUUUCUGAGAAAGAAAAACUCAAAGUGUCCAAACUAAGCUGGAUGUACGAGGAUGUACCAUUUGAAAAACCUACGGAGACGACAAAUUCAAGUGGAUUUAUUGAAUCUAACCAGGAGUUUGUUGAAGGGAAAGCAGAAGUGGAAAAUAUGUUAAAUGGGAAAAUUGCAAUGAAACGAAAUAAAGGCAACAACGAAGGAAGGAAUGAAGCAGGAGGCAGUGAACGAAUGAAUAAAAUUUUGAGCGUGGGAAUUACAGGGAACAAUAGUGGCAAGAAUAUGAACAAAAUCAAUGAUGCAAAGAAUUUGAGGAGCUAUGGAGACGAUCCAUUAGCUAUGAUCAAACAACAACAACAACAGCAGCAGCAGCAGCAAAAACAAAAACAAAAGCAACAUUACAAGCAAAAAGUCAUACUGAUGCAAAGGGAACCGCUGCUGUUGGAAAGGAAAGGAAUCGAUUUGCAUCAACGAGAUGAGGAUAGGUAUGGAGACGGAUAUAGAGACAGAUAUAGAGACAGCAAGCAUAGUUAUGGUCGCAAUCACCUUUAUAAUUCGUCUCGCGACCGACAUAGAAUUGGUGGUAGUGAUAUUGGCAAUGGAGAGGGUGAGGACACUGACCAUAGAGCAAGACAUUAUAAUACCACGUGUGAACAAAGAGGAUAUGGAAACAAUAAAGACAACCAAAGUCAAAGUUUCAGACAAGGAUUUCAUCGCCCCCUGAGUGACCGCGAGAGUAGGUAUGAUCGUUAUCGUCCUAGGCAAGACAGCCUUUCCAACAACAGAAAAAGAGACGAGUCACCCAAAAGGUGA